GCCAAAGGUUACUUAUCUAGCGCGUCGGUCUCUUUUCGCCGCCUUUCCUGUGCCGGCUUGGUUGGUGUCCGUCGAGGAACGCGUGAGAGCAGACUACCCAUCCACAACACAUCAUGGGCAAGGAUCCGCUGCGUGUCUGCGUGACUGGCGCGGCCGGCCAGAUCGGCUACUCGCUGCUCUUCCAGCUGGCUGAGGGUAACGUCUUCGGCGCCGACCAGCCUCUGAUCCUGCAGCUGCUCGACAUCACGCCGUGCCUGCCGGCGCUGAACGGGGUCGUGAUGGAGCUGCAGGACUGCGCUCUGCCGCUGAUCCAUGACGUUGUUGGCACUGCUGACCCUCUUGUAGCCUUCAAGGACAUAGACGCCGCCUUCCUGGUGGGUGCCAUGCCACGCCGUGAAGGCAUGGAGCGCAAGGACCUGCUGGCUGCUAACGUCAAGAUCUUCAAGGAGCAGGGCAAUGCCCUGGACCAGGUGGCCAAGAAGUCGGUCAAGGUGCUGGUCGUCGGCAACCCGGCCAACACCAACGCGCUCAUCUGCUCCAAGUACGCGCCUUCCAUUCCGCGCGAGAACUUCUCGGCGAUGACGCGGCUCGACCAGAAUCGCUCUCAGGCGCAGAUCGCCGCCAAGCUGGGCGUGCCCAACAGCGCCGUGCGCGGCUGCAUCAUCUGGGGCAACCACUCGUCGACGCAGUACCCGGACGUGGCGCACGCCGAGGCCGAGGUGGGCGGCCGCUGGGUCAAGGUGCCCGAGGCGGUGGGCGACGAGCAGUACCUGCGCGGCGAGUUCAUCACCACCGUGCAGAAGCGCGGCGCCGCCAUCAUCGCCGCGCGCAAGCUCUCGUCGGCCAUGUCGGCGGCCAAGGCGGCAUGCGACCACAUGCACGACUGGUUCGCCGGCACGCCGGCCGACCGCUUCGUCAGCAUGGCCGUGUUCUCGGACGGCUCGUACAAGACGCCGGAGGGAGUCAUGUACUCGUUCCCCGUCACCAUCGCCGCCGGCCAGUGGAAGAUCGUGCAGGGCCUGAGCAUCGACGACUUCGCGCGCGAGAAGAUGGACGCCACCGGCAAGGAGCUGGUCGAAGAGCGCGAGGAGGCGGUGGCCGCCUGCGCCUGA